UGUAGACCACAGUCCUCUGUUCUUCAUCCACUAAUCGAUCGAUUCGCCUUGUAGAGAAGCUAUCGUCCUGCGGUAUCGAUUGACUCCCAAAACUUAGUCGUGCCAGCACUGAUAGUACAAUGCUGGGCAUGAGAAAGUUGUCGUAUGCUGUCCUCGUUGCCGCAUACUUCUUGGUAAUAGUGGAUGCCAAGAAGAAGGGAGGUACCAGCAUGAAGACCAAGAUAACGAACAAGCACAUGAGUAUGUGUUCUGGAUUGAAGCCCCUCACUUCCAAAAAAGAAGCCAGAAUCUUGUCCUGGCUCAUGGAAGCGAGCGGCGAGAACUCUGUGCUAAUGAAAAGCUCGGCUCAGCACCAAGCCGCCUGUUGGAUUCUACACAUGGACCGCAAAAAGAGUUUAAAGCGAUCACGAGAUCUCUUGUUGCAACGUUAUGCGCUCGCCACUUUGCACUUUACGACGACGCAAUCCAAUUCGACUGUCUGGGACUGGCCGAUGGCUGGCGAUUUGUCCAUCGCGGGACAAAAAGCCAAGGGAAAUUGGAUGAGCGCUCAUCAUCACGAAUGUCAAUGGUACGGUGUGCAGUGUAAUUGGAAGACGCGCGUGAUAGCACUUGAUUUAGGAUUUAUGAAACUGGACGGUUUAAUUCCCCGAGAAAUAGCGCUGCUGCCCCACCUAGAAGAUAUUGACAUGCAUGGAAACGAUUUGCAAGGAGUCUUGCCGUACAAAAUGCUGUCCAGUCUCAGCAAAUUGAAAUACUUGCGAUUGCACAUGAAUGGGUUCUUUGGAACGCUUUACGGUCAAAUCUCGGGCUUGGUUUCUCUAAAGCAGUUACAUAUAUUUGGAAACUAUAUUGCCGGUAGCAUUCCUACUGAGCUAGCGACUUUGUCCAAUCUGGAAGUUAUUGAUCUCUACGCGAAUCAACUGGAAGGUCGAAUUCCGUCCGAGCUCGGCCGUCUAAAAAAGUUGCGGUAUUUGGAUGUUCACGACAACAACUUGGUCGGAACGAUGCCUCGGGAAAUUUGCGAUCUCAAGUUGAAUGAGCUGGUGUCGGACUGUUUGGGACCGGCUCCAGAAGUUCAAUGCGACUGCUGUACAAUUUGCUGUCGCGGGCUACCCGAUUUAAAGUGUGUCCGAGUUGAUACCGGCAAGGAGGUCCGGUACGUGUAAAAAUCAGACAAAGGACAACAGCCAGCAUGGACGCCUACGACAGACAUGUUUGUUCUCGAGGCUUUGUAGACCUGCAAAGCAGCCCACAAAAUCAUGUUGGUGUAUUAGGAAUCUUAAAGUAGCACGACUUUCUAC